AUGGCAGCCCAAGCCCUAACUGAUGCGGGCACAUGGUCGACCUCCGGACAAUAUGCAGCCGGCUGCACUGCUUCUGUCACCUGUUCCUGGGCCACCGCAUGUAGUGGGAACAUACUUUACUACAAUGUCGACAAUAAAACCUUGGACUGUGGUUCCGAGUCCAUGUCAUGCCAAACCAUGACCAUCUAUCAAUCCGAGCCCUACGCCACCCCAUCCGCAUAUAACCUCUUCUGCGCUGACUUUUGGUCUGCCUACACAAUCUAUCGAGAGCUGCCCGCUACGACAACCUCAACCACAUCAGCAACCUCAGGUAAACCUGAAUCUCAUCUGUCCCAGAGACACCAAAUGUCACUGAUGGUCUUGCCUAUAGAUUCAACAACCAGUGCAACAACCGCCCCAAUCACCUCUAUGGCUACAAAAACCGCUUCUGGGACCCAAACAUCGACCGCUUCACCGUCUUCAACAUCCACCUCUUCUUCCGGGAAGAGCCAGGCGUGGAUUGCGGGUCCCGUAAUCGGCGCGGUAGCAGGCGUUCUUGUUAUUGCAGCCGUGGUGAUCUUCUUCCUACGCCGUCGAAUAACCCGACACCCUCAGGCCAUGGAGUACCAAAGUGUCUCCCCGAGCGCGCGGACAGUUUCCGAGCUGCCUACGGAAAGCCUUACGGGAAUGGUGCACGAAAUGCCCUCUUCAUCCGCAUCCCGGGUGGGGCCAUACGAGCUGAGUUGA